CCCUCUCCCGUGCCCUUUCUCCACAUCUUGAUCAUGGCGCCGAAAGAGUGCACGCUCUGCCACACCCCACGACAAAUACUCGUGCGAUGUCAAAUUGACGAAACGGGCGUGUGGAACUUUGUCUGUCCCGGAAAAUGCUGGAAAUCGGUAUCAGGGGGCGUCGAGGACGCAAAGGGUCUGGAGGGACAAUACCCACAUUACAGAUACGGCGGCAUGGUAAGCGAAGAUACCAUACCGUUAUGCAAGUGAACACGGCCAUUGAAGAGGGCUGAUGGUAGAUGGAGAAGUGGGCUGGUUAGCUGACACGAGGGCAGUGGAAAGACAGACACGCCGACGGGCCUGUGAGCGCGAAGAAGCCGAGGAAGGUCAAGGAGAGGCAGAAAAAGGAGGCAGAGGAGAG